UUUCUCACUCCCCCAAUUGAAAACGAAAAUCUUCUCACUAUAAAAGGCAUCCCACAAAUCAUUGCUGCUGCUCACAACACUCACUCACACAUCAAAUCAAAUCAAUGGGAGAAUUGCAGAAAUCAGAGGAGGAAUGGAAGGCUAUUCUCACUCCUGAGCAGUUUCAUAUCCUCCGCCAAAAGGGAACUGAGCCGAAAGGGACGGGGCACUACGACAAGUUUUACGAGACUGGAGUAUACAACUGUGCCGGCUGCGGAACCCCUCUCUACAAAUCAACCACCAAGUUUGACUCCGGUUGCGGUUGGCCCGCCUUCUUUGAGGGGUUUCCGGGGGCCAUCACACGUUCGCCCGACCCUGAUGGCCGAAGGACGGAGAUCACCUGCACUGCGUGUGGCGGACACCUGGGGCACGUCUUCAAGUGGGAGGGGCAGAAGGUGCCGACCGACGAGAGGCACUGUGUUAACAGCGUCUCGAUCAAGUUUGUGGCGGCUGAAGCUCCGUAGUGUGUUGCUUGAUGGUGGGAGAGUUUGAUUUCUUGAUGGUUAGUUGUGUAUUGGUGAUGGAUGUUAUCAUGUUAGUUAACAUUGCUAGAGUGAGUAUUAAGAAUAAGUUGCUUGAUUGUUGAGUGUUUUCUUAAUGGAAAAGCAGACAUUGGUUAA